AUGCCGCAGAGCACUGGGAACGAUGCCUUGACCGAAGGCGAUGCGAUUAUCGCCAGCAUAGGUUUCCCCACGGGCUUGAACCUCGAUGGCGUUACGGCCCACUACAGCCCCAAUGCAGGCUGCAAGAAGGUGCGUCAACAGAACAAUGUCAUGAAGGGAGACAUCAGUGUUCGGGUGAAUGGUCGGAUCUUUGAUAGUGCCUUUACCAUGGCAUUCGAUUCGAUGUAUGACAACCUCCUCCCGCCGUCAAGGACGCCAUCAACACGGGUCUCCGCGAAGCAGGAAUUAAUGUUCGCCUCCGCGAGCUUGGCUUUCGGCGUACGGACUACUGUAGUACUGUACCUUUGUUUCGGUGCCAAGUUCCCACCUUCGAAAGCUGGUCACACGACCGAGCUGGAACGCCUGGCUGCCCUCCACGCGACAUACUAUGAUGCCAUGGAUGGCAAGCUUGUCUUGGCACCUCUCGACCUCCAGGAGACGGGAAAGAAGAUCCUCGACUGCGGCACCGCGGACGGUAUCUGGCUUCGCGACGUGCGGAACUCGGCCUUAGCCGAACACCAGUACUUCGGCAGCGAUAUCGAGCCGGAGCUCUUCCCUGAGCAACCCGACGGCAUUACAUACUUCCCCCAAUCUUUCAGCGAGCCAUGGGCCGACGAGCACAAAGACGCAUUCGACCUCGUUCAUGUCCGAGGGAGCCUGGCGGGCUCCAGCCCCAAGAGGCCCGUCGAUGUGAUCAAGGGCCUUGCCUCCGUGACGAAGCCGGGCGGCUGGGUCCAGCUCAUGGAGUUGAAUGCGUUCGGCGCCCCCAGCAACGGUCCCGCCAUGACCGACUUCGCGCGCAUGGCCUCCGAGAUCUGGGCCGGGAUCAAGGUGGGUGACUUCGCUAAUGAGCUGAAGUCCAUGUUGGAGGAAGUGGGCCUGCAGAACGUCCAAGAGAAGAGAGUCAUCGUUUCCUUGGGGAAGAAGGCGAAGCCCGAAUUACAUUCCCAGAGUAUUCAUGGGGUGACCGGGCCUAUUCGGCCCCUGGUGUCGGUCGCGCGGAGUGUGUCAAAUUCUUUCACGGAUGAGCAACUGUCAUCCUUGCCAGACCGGGUGAGGGAGGAGCUGGAGAUUGAGGGAGGAAGGGUUGAGAUGGUUGUGGCAUGGGGUCAGCGUGUCUAG